AGAAGCGGCAGGAGCAGCGUUAGUACCGGCGAACCAUGGCUGGGAUUUUUAAUUUCCUCCUCUUUUCGUUUCUGUUUGGGAUUUGCGACGCUGUCACCGGUUCCAGGGUGUAUCCCGCGAAUGAAGUUACUUUACUGGAUUCCAGAUCUGUUCAGGGAGAACUUGGGUGGAUAGCAAGCCCUCUGGAAGGAGGGUGGGAGGAAGUGAGUAUUAUGGAUGAAAAAAAUACGCCAAUCCGAACCUACCAAGUGUGCAACGUGAUGGAGCCCAGCCAGAAUAAUUGGCUGCGAACUGAUUGGAUCACCCGAGAAGGGGCUCAGAGGGUGUACAUUGAGAUCAAGUUCACCUUGAGGGACUGCAACAGUCUUCCGGGUGUCAUGGGCACUUGCAAGGAGACGUUUAACCUGUACUACUAUGAAUCAGACAACGACAAGGAGCGUUUUAUCCGAGAGAGCCAGUUUGCCAAAAUUGACACCAUCGCCGCCGACGAGAGCUUCACCCAAGUGGACAUUGGCGACAGAAUCAUGAAGCUGAACACGGAAAUCCGGGAUGUAGGGCCAUUGAGCAAAAAGGGGUUCUAUCUGGCGUUUCAGGAUGUAGGGGCCUGCAUCGCCUUGGUUUCGGUCCGAGUGUUCUACAAGAAGUGUCCGCUCACUGUUCGCAAUCUGGCUCAGUUUCCAGACACCAUCACAGGGGCCGAUACGUCUUCCCUGGUGGAAGUUCGAGGCUCCUGUGUCAACAACUCAGAAGAGAAGGAUGUGCCAAAAAUGUACUGCGGGGCAGAUGGUGAAUGGCUGGUACCCAUUGGCAACUGCCUAUGCCAUGCUGGGCAUGAAGAGCGGAAUGGAGAAUGCCAAGCUUGCAAAAUUGGAUAUUACAAGGCCCUGUCCACGGAUGCCAGCUGUGCCAAGUGUCCACCACACAGCUAUUCUGUCUGGGAAGGAGCCACAUCGUGCACCUGUGACCGAGGCUUUUUCAGAGCCGACAGCGAUGCUGCCUCCAUGCCCUGCACCCGUCCACCAUCUGCUCCUCUAAACUUGAUUUCAAAUGUCAACGAGACUUCAGUGAACUUGGAAUGGAGCAGUCCUCAGAACACGGGUGGCCGCCAGGAUAUUUCCUACAAUGUCGUGUGCAAGAAAUGUGGAACAGGUGACUCCAGCAGGUGCCGGCCCUGCGGAAGUGGGGUCCACUACACCCCUCAGCAGAAUGGACUGAAGUCCACCAAGGUCUCCAUCACUGACCUCCUGGCUCAUACCAACUACACCUUUGAAAUCUGGGCAGUGAAUGGCGUAUCCAAGUAUAACCCUAGCCCAGACCAAUCUGUGUCCGUCACUGUGACCACCAACCAAGCAGCACCCUCAUCCAUUGCUUUGGUCCAGGCUAAAGAAGUUACAAGAUACAGUGUUGCUCUGGCUUGGCUGGAACCAGACCGGCCCAAUGGGGUGAUCUUGGAGUAUGAAGUCAAGUAUUAUGAGAAGGAUCAGAAUGAACGAAGCUAUCGGAUUGUUAGGACGGCUGCCAGGAACACGGAUAUCAAAGGCCUGAACCCUCUGACUUCCUAUGUUUUCCAUGUCCGAGCCAGGACAGCAGCUGGCUAUGGAGAUUUCAGCGAGCCCCUGGAGGUCACAACCAACACAGUGCCUUCCCGGAUCAUUGGAGACGGGGCCAACUCCACCGUCCUGCUGGUCUCCGUCUCUGGCAGCGCGGUGCUCGUGGUUAUUCUCAUCGCCGCUUUUGUCAUCAGCAGGAGACGGAGUAAAUACAGUAAAGCGAAACAAGAAGCAGACGAAGAGAAACAUUUGAACCAAGGUGUUAGAACUUACGUGGAUCCCUUUACAUACGAAGAUCCCAACCAAGCAGUUCGAGAAUUUGCCAAAGAAAUCGACGCAUCCUGCAUUAAGAUUGAAAAAGUCAUAGGAGUUGGUGAAUUUGGUGAAGUGUGCAGUGGGCGUCUCAAAGUGCCUGGCAAAAGAGAAAUCUACGUGGCUAUCAAGACAUUGAAAGCUGGUUAUACAGACAAACAGAGGAGGGACUUCCUGAGUGAGGCCAGCAUCAUGGGACAGUUUGACCACCCAAAUAUCAUUCACUUGGAAGGCGUUGUCACCAAAUGUAAACCAGUAAUGAUCAUAACAGAGUACAUGGAGAAUGGCUCCUUGGAUGCAUUCCUCAGGAAGAAUGAUGGCAGAUUUACGGUCAUUCAGCUGGUGGGCAUGCUUCGUGGCAUUGGGUCCGGGAUGAAGUAUUUAUCUGAUAUGAGCUACGUGCAUCGAGAUCUGGCUGCACGGAACAUUCUGGUCAACAGCAACUUGGUCUGCAAAGUGUCUGAUUUUGGCAUGUCCCGAGUGCUAGAGGAUGAUCCAGAAGCAGCUUAUACCACCAGGGGUGGCAAGAUUCCUAUCCGGUGGACUGCACCAGAAGCAAUUGCCUAUCGUAAAUUCACAUCAGCAAGUGAUGUAUGGAGCUACGGGAUCGUCAUGUGGGAAGUGAUGUCGUAUGGAGAGAGACCCUAUUGGGACAUGUCCAAUCAAGAUGUGAUUAAGGCCAUCGAGGAAGGCUAUCGGCUGCCCCCUCCAAUGGACUGCCCCAUUGCACUCCACCAGCUGAUGCUAGACUGUUGGCAGAAGGAGAGAAGCGACAGGCCUAAAUUUGGGCAGAUUGUCAACAUGUUGGACAAACUCAUCCGCAAUCCCAACAGCUUGAAGAGGAUGGGGACCGAGAGCUCCAGACCUAACACUGCCUUGUUGGAUCCAAGCUCCCCUGAAUUCUCCACCGUGGUAUCGGUGGGCGAUUGGCUCCAGGCCAUUAAAAUGGACCGGUAUAAGGAUAACUUCACUGCUGCUGGUUAUACCACACUAGAGGCUGUAGUGCACAUGAACCAGGAGUAAGUACUCAGCGAUGUAACACAAAAGGUGACCUGGCCAGAAUUGGCAUCACAGCUAUCACACACCAGAAUAAGAUCUUGAGCAGUGUCCAGGCAAUGAGAACCCAAAUGCAGCAGAUACACGGCAGAAUGGUUCCAGUCUGAGCCAGUAUUGAAUAAACUCAAAACUCUUGAAAUUAGUUUACCUCAUCCAUGCACUUUAAUUGAAGAACUGCACUUUUUUUACUUCGUCUUCGCCCUCUGAAAUUAAAGAAAAAAAAAA